CUUUGAUUGUCACCGCAAGUUUCUCCCGGAAAACCACCGAUAUCGAAAGGAAAAAAAGUCUUUCAUUAGAGGUAGAGUGGUACGAGACACCCCGCCCCCGAGAUUGACCGGGGAAGCAAUUUUUAACCGGGUUCGACGUAUUCCUACGGUUAUGCAAGAACCAAAUAAGAAGCCAUAUGGGUUUUGUGAUACCCAUAAGUGGACAAAGAGGAGUAUCUUUUGGGAGUUACCAUAUUGGAAAGACCUUCUCAUUCGUCACAAUAUAGAUGUCAUGCACACUGAGAAGAACGUGUUUGACAAUAUAUUUAACACAGUGAUGGAUUUCAAAGGCAAAACUAAAGACGGUCUUGCAUCUCGAAAAGAUAUGACUAUUUGGUGUGAUAGGCCCGAACUAUCUGUUGAUCUAGAAUAUCAGGACAACAAUAUUCCAAAAGCAGUCUACCAAGUCACACAAGCACAAAAAGAAUCAAUAUUACAAUGGCUUGUGUCUUUGAAGUUUCCAGAUGGCUACUGCUCCAACUUGUCCAGAUGCGUGGACAUGGACAAACUUGCAACGACGUCGAGCAUGAAAACUCACGAUUGUCAUGUAAUCAUGCAAAGACUUCUCCCAAUUGCACUGAAAGAGAUGCUUCCUGAACACGUAUGGUCCUGCAUUACUGAGAUCAGUUUGUUGUUUCAGUCGAUAUGCUCAAUCGUUUUGGAUGCAGCAUCCCUCCGUAGACUAGAAGAGUCUGUUCCCAUGCUGAUGUGUAAUUUGGAAAAGAUAAUGCCUCCAUCAUUUUUCGAUGGAAUGGAACAUCUUGUAAUACAUCUUCCGUAUGAGGCUUUAAAUGGUGGACCCGUCUUCUAUCGCUGGAUGUACAGAUUUGAAAGAUUUCUUGGAGAGUUGAAAAAGAAAGUGACCAACAAGGCACACGUUGAGGCUUCAAUUUGUCAAGCAUAUCUUCAACAAGAAAUCUCAACGUUCUCAUCUUUUUAUUUUGAGCGUGAAGUCAUCACUAGAAGAAAGAGCCCUGCCUGAAACGAUGACAUUGGCGAGGAUUUAUAUGAAAAUGUAGUUUCCAUUUUCAAUUACCCAGGUAGAGGUAAAGGAGCUUGGUUAAACCGAUACAUCGUGGGAAAAGAAUUACAAAUUGCGCAUACUUAUAUGGUCAUUAAUUGUCCAGAAAUCUUACCGUUUUAUCAAACGGAGUACUCAGCAUUCCCUGACAAUGAAAUUGAUGCAUUGGUGGACUCUCAUUUUAUACCGUGGUACAAGCAUCAGAUCAAUAAUCGUGGGAUUGUGGACCCUUUGUUAGUAUCAUUAUCGUGGGGCCCUGGUGCCUACGCCAAAGUUUGGCGGUCAUAUGUGAUAAACGGUUACACCUAUCACACAGUCAGUUACGGACAGGGCCGACCAACAGUGAACAACGGGUUAUGUGUCCCAACAAUCGGUUAUGAUAACUCGGAAACCAAUUUUUUUGGUGUCUUGCACGAGAUUCUCGAACUGGAAAUGCCUUCUGCUGGGAAAAAGUUGACAUGCGUUUUGUUCCGCUGCAAAUGGAUCGAUCCAACACGUGGUGUGCGAAAAAAUUCAAAGUAUAAUAUGAUUGACGUCAACCACUCUCGCGUGUAUACGAAAAAUGAGCCUUUUAUACUUGCUCAACAAGCAGCCCAGAUUUAUUAUACAGAAUACCCUUCAACCAGGCGGACACAGAAUCCUUGGGUGUGUGCAUGUACUGUCUGUCCGAGCAAAAUUGUAUCACAAACUCAACACAAGGACGUUGAUUUAGAUGCUUUUCAGUAACAUUUUUUCCAACCUCCACCGAUUGUUGAGACGGUCAACCAGCACAUUCAGCUAAGUGAUCCAAAUGGGGGAAGUAUUGAAGUCAUGCCAGAAACGCACCUUCCGGAGCUAACAACUCCAUCUGAGCGCGAAAUUGUUGAAAUGCAUGAAGAACAACAAAAUGCUCAUUAUCAGGAAGAAGGAGAAUGGAUAAACGAUUCUGAUACAGAAGAAGAUGUUGUAUAUGUAGAAAAUAAUGACUCUGAUAGUGA